GGCGGAGCGCAGGUAGGGGCGGGCAACCCACUUGAGUUCCGCGUGGGAUAGCCGCUGCCACCGCAGUGCGAUCGCGCUUGGUCUUUCGUACGUCCCGCGGGAGCCUGUCAGGAGAAGAAUGGCAGCUUCGGGCGAGGCGCGCCGGGUGCUGGUGUACGGCGGCCGGGGCGCGCUGGGCUCGCGCUGCGUGCAGGCCUUCCGAGCCCGCAACUGGUGGGUCGCCAGUAUCGACGUGGUGGAGAAUGAAGAGGCCAGUGCCAGUGUCAUUGUUAAAAUGACAGACUCAUUUACAGAGCAGGCUGACCAGGUCACUGCUGAGGUUGGAAAGCUCCUGGGUGACCAGAAAGUAGACGCGAUUCUCUGUGUGGCUGGAGGAUGGGCCGGGGGCAAUGCCAAAUCCAAGUCACUCUUUAAAAACUGUGACCUGAUGUGGAAGCAGAGUAUGUGGACAUCCACCAUCUCCAGCCACUUGGCCACAAAGCACCUGAAGGAAGGAGGCCUCUUGACCCUGGCUGGGGCCAAAGCUGCCUUGGAUGGGACUCCUGGGAUGAUCGGCUACGGCAUGGCCAAGGGCGCCGUCCAUCAGCUGUGCCAGAGCCUUGCGGGGAAGAACAGUGGCAUGCCCCCCGGGGCUGCUGCCAUUGCUGUGCUCCCGGUUACCCUGGAUACUCCAAUGAACAGGAAAUCAAUGCCCGAGGCAGACUUCAGCUCCUGGACACCCUUAGAGUUCCUGGUUGAAACCUUCCAUGAUUGGAUCACUGGGAAUAAACGGCCGAACUCAGGAAGCCUAAUCCAGGUGGUAACCACAGAAGGGAAGACAGAGCUUACUCCAGCGUACUUUUAAGCCUCAUCUCAGUGCCUGGGAGAGCCCUCUCGAAGCAUCACUAACCUGUGUGUGGCUGCAUCUGGCCCCGUGUUUUCUGUAUGCCUGUUUGUGGUACGAGAUAACCAGUCCUGUUUGUCCCUUCCAUAGUGUUCCUGUGCGUCCUGGGACGGUGUGGUGUUUAGGAAAUGGGCAGAGAGGCCUGUAGGUGGCACUGUCAUUGCCUAGGGCCCAGGUGUGUGGGCAGCCUGCGUCAUGGCAGCCUGGGUUGCUCUGGAGACUCUCAGUAGUCCUCUCAUUUGUUGGCAUUUGGGCACUUGGAAGUCUAGCCUGUUUUUGAAUUCCAUGUUGGUGCCAUAGAGGUGAUUUUUGUGGCCUGAAAUUGAACUGUCUUGAAAAUUCUUUUGUGAUGUAAGCAAACCCAACCGACUGUCAUGAUAUCCUUUUGUGUCCUAGUCUAAGCUAAGUGUGCGGGAGAACCACCUGUGAGUAUUUGGGGGGUUCUUCCUAAUAAACACACUUCAUGUCU